GAAAGAAACCAUACAAAAAGCCAAGGCCAUUGCCAAACCCAGACAACGACGUCUCCUUGCAGGCUCGCCCUCCUUCACUCAUUCACUGUCGACUCCCACUCCAAGCCGUCGACAGCACUCUCCAGAGACCGAGGCCAUGGCACGCCGGGCCAACCACACCGCCUCGCCCCCCAUGAACGCCACGGCGGCGACCAUGGUCAUCUCAUCUCCGCCCCUGCCCCACGCCACCGGCGACGCCUGGGGCCCCUACUCCAGCUCCCGGGCAUUCUUCUCCAACGUGGCCACCAUCCUCAUCAUCCUCGCCUGCGUCUCCCUCCUCGCUUUCUCCCUCCACGCCGCCGCCCGCUUCCUCCUCCGCCGCCUCGCCCGCCGCCGCGCCGCUCGUGCGCGGGCGCAGGCGCAGGGGCAGCCACAGCCGCCGAAGCCUCCGUCCGACGCCGCGGCCGCCGAAUUCUCUGUGGAGGCCGGCCCAGGGGCGGGCGUUCAGUUGGCCGGCGGAUGGGGCGACGCGGAAUGCGCCAUCUGCCUGUCGGAGCUGGCGGACGGCGAGCGCGUCCGCGUGCUCCCGGCGUGCGGCCACGGCUUCCACGGGGCCUGCGUGGACGGGUGGCUCGCGGCGCGCGCGUCCUGCCCCACCUGCCGCGCGCCGUCCCGGCUGUCGCGGGCCGGAGAGCCCUAGCCAAACCAGGCCGCUGUCACCUCCGGCGCUGGGUCGGUCAUGGAUCCAUCGUCACUCUGUCUGUACCGCCGACAAGAAGCGACAUCAAGUGCAUCACGGUGGGGGAGCUUGCCGGAGCUCAGCUCUGUCGUC